AUGCCCCGUUGCCGCGCCGACGAUGAGGUGGCUGUGGGUGCUGUCUUCGAGGGGGCCAUUGGGCCAUUUACCCUCUCGGUAUGGAUCUCGACAAAGUCGAAUAUCCUGUCGAGAUGGACCUGGACGUCUUCGAGGGCGAAGGGGUCGUCGAGAUGGAUCUUCCCGGUGUGGGUCAUUCCCGGUGUGGGUCUCCCAUCCCGUCAGAGAUAUCUUUUGACUCUCUGUACGGGAUUGAGCGACGCCCACCCUCGGAGUCGGAUGAAGGGGUUGGUCUACCUGGGGGAUAGCGGCGAAGGCGGCUUAGUGAUGAGGUCGCCGCCUUCGUUCGCUCUUGUUAAUUCGGGGUCGAGGGUGGGGGGAGAGGGGGUGGUUGUUCGCACAGAGUGUGUCCUUGGGGCGCUGGUCGCUCCAUUCCUGUAG